AUGAUGUUCCUACAGGACGUCUCGGUACCUGUGACUCAGGGUCCACCCCCGCAGGCCGUGCUGGAGAAGAGGUACUGGUGGAGCACGCUUCAGGCACUUCUGUCUGCCACGGCCCUGCUACAAUUCUUCACCUUUGACCUGGUCGGCGGCAUGCUGACAGCCAUGAUGCUGUUCCUCGCUUUCAUGAUGUGCACCGAUGGGAUGGCAGAGAUGCACAGGUAUGCCUUGGCUUAUGCAAUGCUCAGCUUGCUGUGCCUGUUCUUCGACAUGGUGCCUCUCCUCUCGUCUGUGGGCGGCCGCUCAGAGGUGUCUGUGGAACCUGUUGACCGAGAGAGCCGAGAAAACGAGUUACGAAUCACGUACACUACAAUUAUCAAGACCAUGCCGUUUUUUGACGAUAAGCGGGGCUGGAUGUACAAUGGAGCGAGCAUCACCAUGAUCUUGUCUCCUAUUUGUAUGCUGCUUGGAGCGUACCUCGCAGGACAAGCCCACAUUGAGAUGCACAGCACAGCCAUGGAUGCCAGUCGCGAGAACAUGAUAGCGAACAUAGAGGCAACCCGAGCCACUGAGAAUCCUCGGCCGCGACGGUUGAG